AUGUAGUCUCCUGCCCUUGAAGUCCUUGGGGCGUCUGGCGCUGAGUGGGGAUUGCAGGAAUGAAAGACGCGCCGGGCUUGGUGUCCCGAGGGCACCCCCUGCUCCGCGUGCACUUGAAGCGGAGAUGCUCUCGCUGGCAUCUCGGGGCGGUCGUGUAACGGCCCGGGGCGCAGUUUAAAUCAUCGCCUGCAUCGAAAAGCCUCGGGGUGAUCCUUCCUAGGGAUGUAGUAUGGUGCAUGGAGCCGAGGGUUGAAGGCGUUUCACUCAGUGAUUAAGAUGCUUCCCACGUGUAAAAAUGCAUUCCAGAACUUGAUGUUGGGGAUGAAGGGAGCAAGGGAUCCAGAAAAAGGUAACAGAGACCCAGAGAUGAUUUAUUCAUUGUAUAAGUAUUUGAUGUGUGCUACGCUGUGCCAGCCAGUGUUCUAGAUGUAAAGGGGCGAACCAGGGGGACAGGAUCCCUGCUUUUGUGGCAUUUACAUCCUAAAGGGAGACAGAUGAUAAACAAGUCAACAAACAUGGUUUGGAGUCUCUGGUAAGCGUCCCUGAGCCGUGUGCAUACCGUGGAAGAAGAGGGAGGCACCUGCUUUCUCUGGGAGCCAGCGGUCACUCCCUCAGGAACCCUGAGUGCCCACGUCAGGGGUCAUCAGCAUGGAGUUCUGAAGUCCAUGUGGCUCCUCAAAGUAAACCAGGUUUUAAGGAAAAUGCAGAGACGUCACAGCAGCAACACGGAUAACGUGCCACCUGAAAGAAAUCGCAGCCAAGCGCUCAGCUCUGAGGCAAGUGUGGAUGAAGGCGGCGUCUUUGAGAGUCUGAAGGCAGAAGCAGCCUCCCCGCCAGCGCUCUUCUCCGGCUUAUCUGGCCUCCCCGCGGGCAGCCUCCCGACCACCCCGUUCCCGUCCAGCCUGGUGCUGGGCUCCGCGGCCAGCGGUGGGGACGUGUUCAUCCAGAUGCCGGCAUCGCGGGAGGAAGGGGGCGGCCGUGGUGAGGGGGGUGCCUACCACCACCGCCCCCCGCAUCACCACUUCCACCACAGCAGCCACCGCGGGAGCUCACUGCUGCAGCACGUGGGCGGCGACCACCGUGGGCACUCGGAGGAGGGGGGCGAUGAGCAGCCCGGGACCCCCGCCCCGGCCCUGUCCGAGCUCAAGGCCGUGAUCUGCUGGCUCCAGAAAGGGCUGCCCUUCAUCCUGAUCCUCCUGGCCAAAGUGUGCUUCCAACACAAGCUCGGCAUUGCCGUGUGCAUUGGGAUGGCCAGCACCUUCGCCUAUGCCAACUCCACGCUGCGAGAGCAGGUCUCUCUGAAGGAGAAGAGGUCAGUGCUGGUCAUCUUGUGGAUCUUGACCUUUCUGGCAGGGAACACCCUGUAUGUGCUCUAUACAUUCAGUUCCCAGCAGCUGUAUAACAGCCUCAUAUUCCUGAAGCCCAACCUGGAGACACUGGACUUCUUUGACCUGCUGUGGAUUGUGGGGAUUGCAGACUUUGUGCUGAAGUACAUCACCAUCGCCCUCAAGUGCCUUGUGGUGGCCCUGCCCAAGAUCAUCCUGGCCGUCAAGUCCAAGGGAAAGUUUUAUCUGGUCAUAGAGGAGUUGAGCCAGCUGUUCCGAUCACUUGUCCCCAUCCAGCUGUGGUAUAAAUACAUCAUGGGCGACGAUGCCUCCAACAGCUACUUCCUGGGAGGGGUCCUAAUCAUCCUCUACAGCCUCUGCAAGUCAUUUGACAUCUGUGGCCGAGUGGGCGGAGUUAGAAAAGCCCUGAAACUUCUUUGCACCUCUCAGAAUUACGGAGUCCGGGCCACUGGGCAGCAGUGCACAGAAGCUGGAGAUAUCUGUGCCAUCUGCCAGGCUGAGUUCAGGGAGCCUCUGAUCCUUAUGUGCCAGCACGUGUUCUGUGAGGAGUGUCUCUGCCUCUGGCUGGACCGGGAGCGCACCUGCCCUCUGUGCCGCUCCGUCGCCGUGGACACUCUGCGCUGCUGGAAGGACGGGGCCACCUCUGCGCACUUCCAGGUGUACUAGGGCCGAGGAGAGGCGUCCAGGGCCAGGCACUGGGGAGACAACAGAAGGUUGGCAGUACAGGAAGCGGCUCUGGGGACCUUCUGAAGAACAGGUCUCAAGCACUGACUGCCCUCCCGCCUCGUCCCCCCACCUCUCUCCCUACCCCGCCUUCUGUGGAACAGUGAGUGCAUCCUUCCCUCCCAAUGGGGAAGGCUCCUAAUUCACACUCACCCUCCAUCCAGGUAGGUCUCCCACCCUCUCCCCUCAAGGACCCGCUAAUGGACAAGUCCCACCUGUUAGUUACUUCAAUAACCUGUAAUUCUGUAGAUCAGAAUCACUGUGAUGUAUUUUGCAAAUACAAAUGCUGGGUCCCACCUGAUACCUCAGUGGGUAACUCAGUGUACCCCACACUGAGAGUGACCUCCUGACUCAUGACCUCCGAGCAUCCUGCCUGGAUGACCUCCUGCAAACCUCCCAAUGGCCCAGUGCUGGCGAUACUGUUGCUUCUUCCAUUUUACAGAUAAGGAAACUGAGGCACAGAGCUCUAUGUGCUAACUGUCCCAGCUGGUAAUUAACGGUGGACCGAGUUUUCAGUCCUGCAGGCCCGGGGCCCAGCAGAAGUGGUUUUUAAAAGCACGAGAGGUAUUUGGGUGCCCAUCAGUGGUCCAGGGGCUUAGCAGGUAUGAUUUGGAACCACAUCAAGAAUGCUAAUGGCAAACUUUAACUCCUCAGAUCUAGUUUGAUUGGAUCCAUGAAAAGAAUUGUUCCUUAAAAUUGCUAUUUUCCCUGGCUGGCAUGCGCGUUCACACAUGGGUCUCAGAAAAGGUGGAUCUUGGCCCAGAAGCAGAAGCCACCGGGUCUCCACACCCAGCUCUAUUUCUCUCCUCCUUUCUGGUUCUCUCCCUCACUUAAGUCUCAGGCUUGUCAACAGCUCCGUGGACAGCCUCCUCCCCUGAGAGCUUCCAGAGCCAAAGGGACGAUUCCCCGCUAUGGAGUUUUCCACACGCUGGGGUGGCGGCAUAGAGACCGUAGCAAUCGGCGUUUCUGUCUCUCUAUAACCCAGCUACCGAUCUCUAUAACAGAGCGGCUUCUCCCCCCAUGAGAUCCUCCCUGCUUUGAAAUCUGGGAGGAGACAGCCCAGGUGAUGACAUAAAAACCACUGGAAUCUUGCCUGCCUCACCCCUCUCCCAACUCCGGGAUCUCAUUGUGAUCCUCAGCACAGCUAGCUGGCAAGGACGCAUUACAGAGAAAGCAGCUGUGUGGCCAGUGAGCAGGUUAGCAAGAGAGUCCCGGGAGAAACGGCAAGAGCCUUGCUGCCCCUUGGCACUCAGCCAGAAGGACAUGCCCUCCCCAUCCCCGAUAGAGCCAGGAUACAGCCCCUUUGUGCCACCAAGCCAGGCCUUUCCUUUUGCCUGACGUCCCUGGCUCUUGCCUGGUACCCAGCAAGACAUCCCUUCUAGGGCAGCGUGGCAUCUUUCAAGCUCUGUUACUAUGGCAAUGGCCACGAUGUGACUGUCUCACUUGCCUCGCUUGAUAAUCAAGUCAGAAAGGGAAAUGGAGGGGGAACUGGAAUCGGGUACAUAAAACUGCUCUGUUCUCCCCCCUUGAGGAAGAACCGAAAGGAAGCAACAAGAGCUUCUGCAGCUGGUUUUUAUCUGAAGGAUCUUCCUGCCUGCAGAGGCCAUCAAACAGGCACAAGAAAUUGGAGCGAGAGAAGAAUUACUCAAGUGCCAGCAUGAGAUGGCACAGAUAGAGCAGACCGUUGGGAGGCAGGCCUAGAAUUCUGAUUCCAAACUCUGCAUGACUUUGAGAAGUCGCUUUACCUCCCUGUAGCCAUCUCCAGGAUGACACAACCUAGCCAGUUAUCUACUGGAACUUGGGAAACAAAUGAUGUCGGUUACUGGCAAGUACACCAAUGGUUUUGUCAAUUACACUCAUGCCACCAAAAGAAGAAAAAAAAAAAAAAAAACCUCACCUUCUGUCUAUAAUGAUACUACAGAGUGUCACCUGGGGGUGAUCGGGGCAGGUGGGGUGAUUUUGUUUGGGAUUUUAUUCAUUCUCUACUCUUGAAGAAAGCCCUGUCUGGAGGUUUUCUUUGGGGAGGAUUUAACUUCUGCUCUAGGGAGAAACAGUGGCUAGUGUAGGGUUUUCCAAACAGCAGCCUGCAUGAGUGUAAAAGGCACCAAGAGUGCCCCCUGGAAAGGAAGACCACCACUCUCUUUCACGUGUCUUGGCCCUGCGGCUCCUUUGUUAACAGCAGGGCUGAUGGCGUGUCGUGCUGGACUAUCCAGCCCUGAACAUUUUAUGACUCGCUGGUUCCAGUUCCACAAAAUCAUGAGAAAUGGUGCUCUUCAUGUAAAAGAUCUGGAGUGUAAUAAAUCUGAGAGAAUGAAAGGCAGGCUUUGGACCUGCAUGUUAACUAACAGGUUCAUCACCUUCCUGAGAGGAAAAUGUGAGGAGUACUGGGGCAACAUCCAGGUGCCUAAGACUUGGGGUGAGAAGAGGAAAUGUAGAGUGAAUUCUGGAAUCCUUUGGUACUUGUAUGGGGCCCAACUGGGCCACUCUGGUGUUUCUGUUUUUGUUUUGUUUUUUUUUUUCCACUCUGAUGUUUUUAAUGCCCCCUUAAGUUCCCUUCUGCCAAUAAAGAUCAUCU